AUCUGCCAUGGUAACACUUUGUGUGUACUACAGUGCGGUCAUAUAUUUUACUGCCACUUAAGUACACUUCUAAUCUAAGAUUUUAAACUUUUAAUCCUCGUUGUUAUCGGUUUAGUUUUACUUCCCUUUUCGUACUAUACCUUACGCGUGACGAAUAUAAACGCGUUACCUUUAACGCAGUCGUCAUGGUAACAGCAGCGGGUACCCUUGACAACCCCUCAUUUGUGCGGAGCAUUUAUGCUCAGUGUUUGGCAUGUCUCCUUCAUUUGGUUUCCUCUACUCUCUGGGUGGUUUCUCUCAGCUCCGCUUAUUGGAGCAGGGGUAGUUACAGUUUCCUGGUGUCCCGGAGUGCGGUCCACACGGUAGGUAUUUGGAAGACCUGUGUCACCUACAUCGAGUACGAGCCCUACUCUAAAACCUGGCUUAGAAGGGACGGUACAUGUUGGGCUACUAGCCGAUAUCUAUUUGAUAGAAGAAUAGAGAUCAGCAGUAUACUUUCCUUUGUGAGCUGCAUGUGGAUCGCGGUCAUUCUAGCUCUCAAUGGCUUACUUUACACGGCUAAAUCCUGGCGUCCGUUUAUAAGACAAGUUGCUUUACCUGGAGCCAAACUGUGUCAAAUGUUGGUGGGACUAUGCAUGAUUUUGGUGUUUAGUGAAGCAACAGAUGUUUCCUACAACGUGAGGUUGUGGGCGCGACAUCUUGCCAUGGCAGCCAUAGUCCUUCAGGCAUCUGAGGUACUGUUCUUGUUGUGUGUUGGACUAUCCUACAAGACAUGGCACAGAGGUGUGCGGGACCUGUGUGCUGACAUCAGUAUCUAUGUUUCUGGACCUGCGCACCAGCCCCACCCUCGCCGGUCCACAGUCAUCAUGAACACAACCUGUGGAGGAGAUGAAGCCCCACAUUUGCCACCUUUACCCACUUCUGGGGCCCGGGCAAAUUCUUCCUCCUCACGAAAUGAGGGAAUUUUUCAAACCUGAGGUAGAAAUUAGAGCCCUAAAGUGGGAUAUAGCGACCAGUGAGCAGGAACAGAGUCGAGAUCACGUGACCAGUGAGCAGGAACAGAGUCGAGAUCACGUGGUGCUGAACAUGGAGGGAAGCUUGUCUGAAGAUGAGGUUCCUGUUGCUCUACAUUCCACAUCAGGUUGCCGGUUGGUGGAAAAGUACCCACAAGCAUUCAGAAGCUUGUUUGGUAGAACUCAAGCAACAAAACGGCGACUUGAACUUUCAUCUUCAAACUCUUCCCCCAAAACGAAGCCACAUAUUUCUAUUAGAGAAGCACCACCCACUUUUACCGAUCAAGAUGAGUCAGUAGCAGAUAUUGAUCAACUAAUGGAUGCUUUUCCCGAUCCACCAUCUCAGAAUUUCUACAACCCCCGAGCGGAAGAACUUUCUUGUAGAGACGAAAGCAUGGCAGAAUCACUUGACAGUACGAUCCACAAUGAACCUGACACUUGCAGUGCAAGUUGCACUGUUAGCUCUGUUUCCAUGAAAGGUCGAAAGCUGCCCCCUAUUCCAGGGGCGAACUUUCAGCCGGUACCUAAAAAGGUGUCAAAUCAGGUUUCAAAAAAGGAUCCUAAGAGAACACAAAAACCGCGGGAAGUUAGAAUAGUCGAGAAAGAUCUUAGAGGACUUUUCAAAGGAACCAGUCGCGUUUGAAAAGUAUCGAUAUGAUAUUUAUGAUCUAGCAGAAAGCCUUCGUUCUGUUUUCGAGUGCUAUGGAUCAUCAUUAGUUUUUAUCGUUCGACUGUACACCUACAAAAAACAUCGGUCGGUGUGAUUGGACUCGGGAGAUACUGGACUUGCAACUUGGAUUCGGCACUGAAACAGUUUACUAAUCGGCGAUAAUUUCGACAGUUCAAAUAUAGAAAGUGGCUAUACUAUUAAAAACGACCGUUUAAAAUAUAAACGCUAUUGGUUUACCUAGUAAGCUAGUACAUCACACUAUUUUUUCACAAGAUACCGCAAACGCUAAAAUUUACGUGGUAUUUUAGCAUUUGAUUUAGAUAUCGGCAAUUUCAAUUUAGUUUUCCGAGUUGUAUAACUUGAAAGAAAAUUAUAAAUGUUGUCAUGCUUUCCACUUUCCAGCGACUGAUCAGUAAUUAGUAGUUAUAUAAGGUAUUGUAGUUGCUAAUACCUUUUAUGGUGCGUAUCUCAACAAAUAUAUCCACAUUAAACUGGCAGGUGACUGUCAGGAAAGUUGCCUGCUUAUAGUUCCAUUGCUCAGAAGUACCAAAAUGGGACCAAAUAAGGAUGCAAGUUCGGGCAAUUUGUUUGAGGUUCUUAAUUCACUUAUCUUUAGAAUCGGUAUAUUAUCGUAAUUAUGGUUUAAUUCUUUUUAUUGCAACCUUGAACUAGAAGACCUACAUUUUAAAUUUACAGGGCUUCAGAUCUAGGGUAAGAAUAUCCGAUUGCUAGAAGCAGAAUCAAGAGGGCAUGUAAUAUCUUUCUGAAUCAGCUAAGUUUUCACAUUUUUCCUUGAACAAAAAAGCCGACGCCUUAUAUGUUCCAUUUUGAAUACUUUGUUACUGUAAUUUGCCAUAACGUUUAAUAUGAUAUGGUUGAUUUGUCAUGAUUAAAAAUAGCACAGAGCUACCGUUUCAUUAAUCUAAAUUGAUCUAGGUUGAGUCUUUGUAGCCCAUAUUGUGCUACAUUCAAAAUUGAAUUUUUACAUUAUGUUAGACUUAAAGCACAUUUUUUUGGGAUUCAGAAAACUUGCGAUAAUUUAAUUUUUAUUCUACCCCUGCAGUCACGAUGCGUUUGCAAAUUAUGAUUGAUUAUGCAUUAAGAUAACUUGAUUAAGAUAACUUGACAACUGUCCAAACC